CCUAGACUCCCUGCGGGGUCAAGGUCUCCCGCUCCUCUGGGUUUUCAGCCGCUCCGCGCAGUUGUUUCUCAGGAAUGAGGAGCCACUCUUGGAGAGAUGGAAGUGAAGGGGGCCUCGUCCCUUCGGGUGAAGAUAUAGAAGACCAAGGAAAGGAAGAGACUGGCCCAGGGUCACGGAAUAGUGCCACUGUUCGCCUGCGCACUUUCCACCAAAACAAUUGUGGGGAAAACACUAGGAUACUCCCUUUUCCAACAGUGGAAAAAAUGCUGCUAAGCGGGCUGUUGAUUUGUGAAGGAUUUUAAAGAGGGGAGGAGUGAGCAGGAGGAAGGGGCUGUAGAAUUGGUCUCACACAUAUGUACAAACACACAUACACUCAGAAUCUCACACAGUCACCCGUGUUCUUUGUCGCCCCAGUUACAGCCUUCAGUGCUCUUGAGGGGGCUGCCCUGGGGUUCUGGCUGAAGCCCUCCCAUCUGGCUGCCUCAUUUCUCCUCUCCCUCCCAGAGCCCAACUGCUGUCAUUUUGUGCCCUGCCAAGGAGGAGGGACCUGCAGUGACAGCAGGAGAGGCAGGACAGAGUUGUGGGGCACGAGAGGGAUGGAGAUGCCAAGACCAGGUGACCAUGAGUCCCAGAGAGAAGGCUGAGAAGCAGGGUGAGGGGUGCUGAGAGUCUGUGGCAGAGGAGAGCAAAACCAAGGAGCAGAAAGAGGAGGCUUGGGGGUCACAGAGCCACUCAGCCAUGCUGGGAGCAAAGCAACACUGGCCACCAGGUCCUCCACUCAGCCCCGGGCUGCCCUUGGCCCUGACUCUUCUGGUUCUCAGGGCCGGGUGGGCCCAAGAGGGGACAGAGCCAGUCCUCCUGGAAGGCGAGUGCCUGGUGGUCUGUGAGCCGGGCCGAGCUGCUGCAGGGGGUCCCGGGGGAGCAGCCCUGGGAGAAGCACCCCCUGGAAGAGUGGCAUUUGCUGCAGUCCGAAGCCACCACCAUGAGCCAGCAGGGGAAAUCAGCAACGGCACGGGUGGAGCCAUCUACUUCGACCAGGUCCUGGUGAACGAGGGCGGUGGCUUUGACCGAGCCUCAGGCUCCUUCGUGGCCCCUGUCCGAGGUGUCUACAGCUUCCGGUUCCAUGUGGUGAAGGUGUACAACCGCCAAACUGUCCAGGUAAGCCUGAUGCUGAACACAUGGCCUGUCGUCUCGGCCUUUGCCAAUGACCCAGACGUGACCCGGGAGGCAGCCACCAGUUCUGUGCUACUGCCCCUGGAUCCUGGGGACCGGGUGUCUCUGCGCCUGCGUCGAGGGAACCUACUCGGUGGCUGGAAAUAUUCGAGCUUCUCUGGCUUCCUCAUUUUCCCACUCUGAGGGCUGAAGCUUUUCAAAGACAGAAAUCUAGCCCCUGACCUCUGCCCUCUACCCUUUCCUGCCCCAGAAGCAGUCUCUUUAGGGCAGGAGAAAGACUCCCUCUGGCUGCCUUUAUUCCACUGCCUUGCAUGGGACCCUGUGCCAAACAUCCAAGGUGAGGAGUAGAGCUGCAGUGUCUUGGGACCUGCCCCUCUUACCCUACCCCCACAGUUGCCUCCCAGCCUCCCACUGCCUUGAUUUCUGCCUGCAGCCCUAGAAUCAGAGCAGGAUUUUCCAGGGAGGGAGGCGUAGACUACUUUGCAGUCUCUGCUUCCUGUCCUCCACCCCCAACCCAGCUUCCCGCUCAGUGCUAUUUGGGAACAGGUGGUACAGGUGAGCCUGACAGGCCCCUACAGGGGACCAGAUGGACCAGCUUCAGCAUAUCCGACAGGCUCCUUCCUGUGAGGAGUGCCAGCAUCACAAAUCACACUCAGAAGCUGAGCCAGCACUGCGAGAACUAGGGCCAGAGGCUUAGCCACCAGCAGAUGCAUGGUGAGGGCCACAGAGCAGCCCAGAGCCUGUAGCUGGUGAGGCAGGAUGGGGGCGUGCCCUCAGCCUGAACAUGGUACACAUUUUUUUGUGUACAUUGGAGCCACCAGCAGAUAGUGAACCCCAGGCAUUUAUCUGUGCCAGAUCCCAGGUGGACUCUGCCCCUCACCUCCCCAUCCAAGACAUGGAUAUAUGUUUGCUUUGGCAGAGAGCAGGUAAACAGAGCUUCCUUUGGCAGCUGGAGGUGGAGGCAGAUCACAUGUGGGCAAGUAUAGAUCUCCAGGCCAUGGAACACAUCAAUGCCUGUGGCCGCCUCCUAGAACUGCUCCACCUAUGUAGUCGGAACUUUCAUCACCCCAUGCUCUCCCCAUCACCUCCUUCCUCCCAGCUCUCUCAGUGACCUUCACUGUAGCUGUCCUACACUGACCUGCAACCUCUCCUCUUUCUCUUAAUUUGUGCCAUCUUAGUCUCCUUCCUAAACUUCCUAUUACCUUGGAUGCCAUGAUUCAUCCCUUCAGCCACUCUCCUGCCAGUGUUAAAAACCUUGUGUCACCUCUCUGUCCCAUUGGCCCAGCAUGGAUGAAUCUGUCAAUAAAGAAAUUAGAGAAUGAUG